AUGUCUAUAGUUUCGGUUUACUUCCGGGCUAGGAGUCGACCGGAAGCAGGAAGACGAGGGGCAGGAGGGAGUAGAAUGAUAGCGGGUCCGGGAGGCGGUGGAUCCCCGCGGUGCCUGCGAGGGCUGGCGGCAGGAAUGGUGUUAUCGCCUUUGCUGUGUCUUCAGCUCCUCCUGGCCGUGAUCGCGCCACGAGGAGCCACAGAGCUCACCGAUGGCAACAGCGAGCACCUAAAACGGGAGCAUUCGCUCAUCAAGCCUUACCAGGGGGUUGGCUCCAGUUCAAUGCCCCUCUGGGACUUUCAAGGGAGCACCAUGCUGACUAGCCAGUAUGUCCGACUGACACCUGAUGAGCGCAGCAAAGAGGGUUCUAUCUGGAAUCGAGUGCCCUGCUUCUUAAAGGAUUGGGAGCUCCAUGUUCACUUCAAGAUUCAUGGAACAGGAAAGAAGAAUCUACAUGGGGAUGGCUUUGCCUUAUGGUACACUCGGGAGCGCCUCACUGCAGGCCCUAUUUUUGGCAGCAAAGACAAUUUCCAUGGAUUGGCCAUCUUCCUGGACACAUAUCCAAAUGAUGAAGCUACAGAGCGUGUAUUCCCAUACAUCUCUGCCAUGGUGAACAAUGGAUCCCUGAACUACGAUCAUAGUAAAGAUGGACGCUGGACAGAGCUGGCAGGUUGCACAGCUGACAUCCGCAAUCAGAACCAUGACACAUUUUUGGCUAUCCGUUAUUCUCGGGGGCGUCUGACGGUGAUGACUGAUGUGGAGGACAAAAAUGAGUGGAAAAACUGCUUUGAUGUUGCAGGAGUCCGGCUACCCACUGGUUACUUCUUUGGGGCUUCUGCUGGUACAGGAGAUCUAUCUGACAAUCAUGACAUCAUCUCAAUGAAGUUGUUCCAGCUGAUGGUGGAUCAUCCACCAGAGGAAGAAAACAUUGACUGGACGAAGAUUGAGCCUAGUGUCAGCCUGCUCAAGUCACCCAAAGAUAACGUGGAUGAUCCAACAGGAAAUUUCCGUAGCGGGCCCUUGACAGGCUGGAAGGUGUUCUUAUUGCUACUGUGCUCUCUGCUUGGCAUCAUUGUGUGUGCUGUGGUGGGAGCUGUGGUCUUCCAGAAACGCCAGGAGCGGAACAAGCGGUUUUACUAGUGGGGGAGUGGGUUCAGAUUCUGGGCGUUUGGGGAAUAUUUUUUACAGGGGGAGGGAGAAUUGUAUAGACUCUGGUUUCUAAGAGGCUCUUUCAGAGAAAUAUAUGGAAUAUUUUCAUAUCUCUUUCGUUACUUGGCCAUACUAGCCAGGCAACCUGUGUCAAACAAUCAGGAAUGUAGGGUGCAGCCCUACUUGGGAGCCUGUUAUUUUCUCUUUCUGAAUGCCAUUCAGAGCCAAUAGCCCCCCUUUCAAAACAAAAUAAAGGAGAACAGCAAACAAAACUAUGGUGAAAACUUAGAAAUGGUAAGUAUUCCUACUCUGUGGGGCAUGGCUCUGCAUGCCAGCUAGUAUUUGCUGGCAUUGUCUUUAUCAGGGUGAUAUUUUCACAGUCCUUUUUACUCUGCUGGGGGCAAUUUUCCUGCCUGGCCCAUAAACAAACUUCAAGGUGGGUGUUAUGAAUUGAAUGUAUUUUGCAGUCUCACUGGUCCUGAAACUUUUUAUUACUAGCAAUUUCUGUAUUGCUGGGAGCGAGACUAAAUUACACCAAAACAACUGGUGACCAUCAAAUGUGAUUUUCCCCUUUGGUGAUGGAAAGUGUGCUUGUGUUGGGAGAGUGGGGGCUUGAUUUUUCCGGUUACUGUGGAGUAUGUGAUCCAACUUAAUCGCAGAACCUCAGACCCUAUCUCAUUAAGCGUCUGGGAUGAGUGAUUCUGGUUUCAGCAGUGUACUUUGUCAUAACCACAUAGCUGUGUGUGCAUUUGAAAGAUGAUAGGUUGAAGAGAGGGUAUGUGAAAUAAAAUGAAAAACUCAUCUU